AUGCUUUCAACCUUUGCAGAUUUGCCAGGCCGAAUAUUUUCGCCAGUUGUUAAAACCUCGUUCCUGAAAGUAAUUAAUUGGCUGGUUAAAUACGAGCAUUAUCCUGGUUGUUUUGGCUGGAUGGUUACAUCCAAAGAAUUACAGACUCGUCAACAGUUUUUUGCAUGGAAUUCACAUAUGCCAACUUCGGACGGCAUGGCACUAAUGCAGCUGGGGCAAAACUAUAGUUUGCCGCGUUCUUCCACAUUUUCUGUUGACGUGGCUUUUCCACCAUGUUCAGUUUCUGAUUUGCCUGAUUUGAACUCUGUACAACUAAAUAGAGCUGAUGGAUUCUAUAAUGGGCUGCCUCCUCUUUGGGAGAGUUCAGCUCCGUCCUUACAUCCAUAUUUAAAAGAUUCUCAAUGUGCCGUACCCCAUGGGCCUGGGGUUAGUGCUAGCAGAAUUGAUGCUUUGCAUACUUGUCGGAAAAGGUUCCUCGUCGUCGAUCAGUCCGGAAAUCACAGGAGAGUGUUCAUUAACCCUUUUCUCCCUCCUCAAAAUCAGAUUGUUUCUUCUAAGACUCCUCCGGGUGUUCACGCCUCAUGUAAUGAGAAAUUAGCACUUCAAGUAGAGAAACAAUCCUUGGUGAAGCCUGUUGUUCAAGAGAAAUGGAAGGAAAAUCAUUUAACAAAUGGAGGAAGUGAGAUGCAUGAAGACCCUAAAGAAAUCGAUGCUUUACUUUAUUCUGAUAGCGACGAUGAAUAUGAUGAUAAUGAUGAAGUAACUAGCAGGGUGCAUACUUCAUUUGGCAUUGAGGAUGCUUAUGACAAGGACAUACAAUUUGAAGAACUUAUUGAAGAAGUUGCGAGUUCUGAUGGCUCGACUAAAAGGAAAAGAUUGCUUGAUGGUAGGUACAAGAUAUCAUCUCUGUUGGUCGAUGGAAGCCCCGUAAAAUUGACUACUUCAUGCAACUACAAAGAUGAUGCGGAGUCAAGUGUUGCCCACAAGAUAAACUCCUUUGAUUAUUUCAAUUCCACGAAAGGAUUGGAGGAAGUUAAAAUCCACGAGACACUGAAGAUUCUCAAGAGUAUUAUUCCCAGGUCAAAGAGUAAGGAUCCGCUGUUGAUAAUUGAUAAAGCUAUUGAUUACUUGAAAUCCUUGAAACGUGAGGCCGAGGCCGUGGGAGUUAGCUACCCUAGAGUUUCGAAUGGUGCUGUUGGUUGA